UGUCCUCUGUCCUCUGUCCCUCUGUCAGAGGUGAAGACCUGAUGUAUCUGCCUCUGCUCUUCACGCUGUCUCUCUGCUGGUGGGCGGAGGCCAGCAGGUCACUGUGGAGCGACACACCGACGCUCCUCAUCAGCAGCGAUGAGAUCGAGGACGGAGAGUCGGUGCGCGUCAGCUGUUUGCUGCCCAUCGACUACAGAGGAGGCCUCUGCCGGCUGUACCGAGAACACGCCCGCAAACCCUUCAAGGUGAUGACAGCGACGGACUACAUCUGCGUCUUCACGCUCAGCUCCCGUGAGCUGCUGGGGAAACACCCGGUGGGCAGCCGCGUCCUUUUCACGUGCGACUACCACCUGCAGCAGUACACCUCCGUGCACAGUGACAUCAGAGGCGUGACGGUCUGGGGUUCCAGUCCACGUCCCGCUCUGUCCGCCAGCCGUCGCUUCGCGUCACCUUAUGACAGCGUGGAAGUCACCUGCACGCUGCCGCUGAGCUCUGUCUCCAGCUGUCAGUUCUACAGUAACCAGAACUACAUCGCGGGGGGGUCCUGCAACAGGAACCUGACCGGUACUCAGCUCGCCAUCUGGGAGAAACCGGGCCUGCUGCUCGCCGUCAACCUGACCUGCAGGUACCAUCCAGAGCGCCACCGCCACAUCCGCUCCGAGCCCAGCGCCCACACCCUGCUGUUUGUUGUCGGUAAGGAGCCAAUCACAGUCAUCCUGAGUCACAAUCACAGCCAAUCACAGCCGGCUGAACACCUGAGAGGCCAGAGAGACCUUUCAAAGUAA